AGGCCUUUUUCUCCGGAGCUAAAUCACUGUGGGUGGGGGGAGGGAGGAGGAGGGGGAAGAUACACAGGACAGACAGACAGACCGACCGACCGACCGACCGACACGGCGGCUCCGCUCAGGGUCGCGGAGGCGGCGACGGUGGCGCCCGAGAUGUCGUUCUUCGUGGACAGUUUCUGGGGGGAUAAAAACAAUGGCUUUGAUGUCCUUUAUCAUAAUAUGAAACAUGGACAAAUAUCAACUAAAGAGUUGGCAGACUUCAUAAGAGAAAGUGUAACGAUAGAAGAUACCUAUUCAAGGUCUAUGACCAAAUUAGCCAAAACAUCAAGUAAUUACAGUCAGUUGGGGACCUUUGCACCACUCUGGGAUGUUUUAAAAUCUUCAACUGAAAAGUUAGCCAGUAGUCAUUUAGAUCUUGUACGAAAACUACAAGAAUUAAUAAAAGAAGUACAGAAAUAUGGAGACGAGCAAACAAAAGCACAUAAAAAGACUAAAGAAGAAGUGGCGGGAACCUUGGAAGCUGUACAGAACAUUCAGAGCAUUACUCAAACACUGCAGAAAUCCAAGGAAAACUACAAUACCAAAUGUUUAGAAUAUGAGAGAUUAAAAAAAGAAGGGGCAACACAGAAAGAAGUUGAAAAGGCAGUUGUAAAAUCUAAAAAAGCUACAGAAACCUAUAAAUUGUAUGUAGAGAAAUAUGCCACAGCGAGAACAGACUUUGAACAGAAAAUGACAGAAACAGCACAGAAAUUUCAGGAAAUAGAAGAAGCUCAUCUUAGGCAUAUGAAAGAAAUACUUCGUUGUUUUGCAUAUUCAAUAGAUGAAACUCACAUACAGAUUGGUCAAGUGCAUGAGGAGUUAGUACAGAAUAUGGAGAGCACAACUGUUGAAAGCCUGAUACAGAAGCUUGCUGAAACAAAGGGGACCGGCAAAGACAGACCUGGACCCAUCGAGUUUGAAGAAUGUAACAUAGCAAAUGCGCUAGAAGGAGUGAAGAAGUCAAAAAGAAAAACUUUCGGAAUACCAGGUCGAGCAAAGAAAGAAAAAGAUACAGAUUCAGUGGAAUCUCCAGAUGCGGAUUCAGUAAAUAUUCCAGAGGUGGAUGAGGAAGGUUUCUGCAUCAAACCAGAAGUGAAUCAAAAUGAUGCCAAAGAGAACAAUUUUUACUCAUCAAGCGAUUCGGGUUCUGAUGAUGAGGAACCUCGAAAAUUUCAUGUGGAAAUCAAGCCAAUGCAACCAAAUAAUGGCACCAAUCAUACAUUGGAAGAACUGAAAGCAUCCAUUGGGAAUCUCACACUCUCUCCCUCCCAAUCUAGGCACAGUCCAAAUACAAUGAAACAAAAUUCAUCAAGGCUGUUAAUGCUUGUGCUGAAUCCAGUAGACUCAAAUUCACAAUUGGUCAAUCAGGCAUCAUCUGGCGAAGAAUUGGUUAGGUCAAGACUCUGUAUGCCAUCAUCUGAUGCCAAAAAGGUCAACAGUGAUCUGUUUUCAUUGGAUCCGUUGUUUGGCCCUCCACUUGAUUCUUCAUCCUCAUCCACAUCAACUACUUCAUCAGUAUCACCACCUGCAAGGCCUACCACUCCUCACAAUGCAGGUGGCCUUGUGCCACCACCUCGGCCUGCUUCUCGACCAAAGCUUUCUUCAGGAAAAUUGGGUGGAAUUGAUGAAAUGUCAAGAUCAUUCAGUCCACCAGCAGUAACAUCGACCAGUCCACCUCCUGUCGCUCCACUGGCCCGUGCAGAAAGCACGUCCUCAAUUGGCUCCUCUGCAUCUUUAAGUGCAGCAACAACGCCAACAGUUGGCACUUCACGUGGACCAAGCCCAAUCAGCCUUGGGAGCCAGGAUUCAUUACCAGUUGCAACUGCCUUUACGGAAUCAGUUAAUGCAUACUUCAAAGGGGCAGACCCAACUAAGUGCAUAGUUAAAAUUACUGGUGAUAUGACCAUGUCUUUCCCAAGUGGAAUAAUUAAAAUCUUUACCAGCAAUCCAUCGCCAGCAGUGCUAUCCUUUAGGAUACGGAAUACCAGCAAACUUGAGCAAAUUCUUCCAAAUUCACAGCUUGUAUUUAGUGAUCUAUCACAGAGUGAUUCCAACACAAAGGAUUUCUGGAUGAACAUGCAAACUCUCACUGCCUACCUCAAGAAAUUGGCUGAACAGAAUCCAUCUGCCUCAUACUAUAAUGUGGAUAUCCUAAAAUAUCAGGUAUCAUCAAAUGGCAUUCUAUCAACACCACUAAAUCUAGCUACCUACUGGAAGUGCACACUUUCCACUACAGAUGUUCGUGUGGACUACAAAUACAACCCAGAAGCUAUGGUUAUCCCCUCUGUGCUAUCAAAUGUGCAAGUUUUGAUGCCAGUCGAUGGUGGAGUUACCUGCAUGCAGUCACUGCCAACUGCUGUUUGGAAUGCAGAACAGAAGAAAGCCUUAUGGAAACUAUCUGAAAUUUCAGAAAAAUCCGACGAUGCAGGUACUGGAUCCCUCAGGGCAAAAUUUGACAUAACUGAAGGUCCUUCCAAACCAUCAACACUUGCAGUGCAAUUUAUUAGUGAAGGAUCCACGCUGUCUGGAGUGGACAUGGAGCUUGUAGGCACCGGUUAUAGACUUUCCUUAAUAAAGAAAAGAUUUGCUACAGGCCGAUAUAUGGCAGACUGCUGACGGUUCCAGUAGUAAGUUUUAGUUCGGUGAAGCACAAAUUCACUAAGAUAUUUUGAUGGUGCAUUUAAACUUGCCUUCAAUUUUCAACCACAAGGCAUUCAGGAGUAAAACUACAGACAAUGACAAUAUUUUCAAGAAUACAAGAAUUUUAAAAAUCUGAAUUUUGCCUUUGCCUUUUUUUGGUAACUAAGUUUCGAGGAAAAUCUAUACUACACAACUAUAAACAUGCACUUUGUUUUUUAAAAGUCAUUUUUGAGAGGAAUAAGUUGUAUUUUUAUUACAUUAAAUUAGCACUGAUGGGAUUUUCAACACUGUUUAAAAAAAUUGAAAACCUGCAAUAUUCAGGAAAUAUAAAGUAAAUGUUUUUGAAUACAAUAUGAUUUAUUUAGACUUUAAUGAAGUCAAACCAGUGAUCAGUAGACAUGCUGAAAUGUAAAAAAAAUGAAAUGUAUAAUGUAUAUCGAACACUUAUAAAUAUAUAUGAUAGACGAGCCAGCAUUAACCAUUUGCCUUCACUGUGCUACUAUACUACUCUGUUAUCAGAUAUAGUUUUGCAGACUACAACAUUUUGCUGAUUGUAAGAUUAGCCAUUGCAAAAAAAUUCUAUUGUUAAAAAUCAAUGAUAAAUAUAGAGGUUCAGAAUUUUGUAUAUGUGACUGUAAACUGGCUUACAAUCUUUUGAUUCAAUGUUGUUCCAUGUGCCAUAGAAGCAGUGAUUAGAGCAAGGUAAAGUAUCCAACUUAAAAUCAAAAUACAAUGGAAAACAAUCUUAGAUUUUAGUUGUUCAACUGAAGAAUUCAUAAAUGACAAAGGUGAAUAACAGUAACCCAUGAACAGUGUUGGGAUGAUGAUUACACCAGUGAAAGAAUAUCUGCAACUCUUCUCUGGGGGUACUCAGCUCUUAAAUAAACUAGAGCAUUGCUACAGAGAUUACGUUUUUGACAAACUUGCAUUGUUUUUACAUGUGCACCUUGAGCACUGUAAAAUUGCAUUUACACGUGUGAAAAUUAAAUCUAAGAUAAUCUGUCAAUGACGGUUACAAAAAUUAUUUUGCAAAUAUGAAAAGAUCUAUAAACUAGAUGCAGGAUAUACGGUAAAGCCUUCUAUGUUCUCAUCACACACUGAUCUAAGUGAUUUGAUUAACGGCAGUUUAUUUUAAUUUCACUGCAAUUAAUGUCAAGUAGAAUUGUCAAUAUUUCCCCAUAGAAUAAAUAUUAUAAUUGGCUACCAUUCAUGGGACCAGUGCUAUCCACUUCAGUUUAUUCAAUGCAAUCUUAGUGUAGACUUCACAUUAUCAUUGCACCAAAACAGUGUUCUGUAUGAGAAUGCAUUGAUGUGUGAGGACUGAGAUUGUCAAUACUCUUGCGGUUUUACACAGUAAAUAUAUUUGUUAUCUAAAUGGUAUCAGCCAAUUUAUUUUUAUUUUAGCGUUGAGGUCCAAGUAUUUUAAACCUGAAAUACUGAGAAAUGACCUUUUUUUUAAGAAAGAAGUACUAGUGUAACUUCAGGAACGGCAUAAAUGUAAUGUGUUUCAGCUGGAUAUGUAAUUGAGGAAAGUAAAACGGUUUGUUUUGUACCUUGCAGGAUUUUAACCUAGCUUUCUUGAUUCAUGGUUUGGCUAACAUCUUCAAACCAGCCCACCAAGAUGUACUAAAGAUUUUAAAAAAACACACAUGUCAGCAUUGAUUCUUGUCAGUCACACAUGUCAGUCUGUUUUCUCAAAGUUAACUUGUUAAAAAAAAUCUGUGCCUGUGUCCUCACUAUUGUGCCUCUUCUGUUUUCCUUAUUUAAAAAAAACUAAGGUAAACAUUUCUUCAUGUAUGAACAUUGCGGACAUGUGUAUCAUAAAUAUAUUAAUAAUCCUUAGUUUUUGUAAUGGGUUUAGAAGAGGAAUUAGAUGUGGCAUAUGGCAUUCAUAGCAGAAGGUGUUUCAAGCAUAUUCUGAUUUCUUUUAAUGGGUUAUUUGCAAUAAUCUACAGCCAAUGUAAUGGGAAACUUGUGCCACCGCUUUUUUUUAUAAAAUGCUCAUGUAUUUAGGCUUCUCACUGUUGAACAAGAGACAUGAUUCACUGUCUCACAUUGAAGCAAUGUGCAUUGUUUAAAGGAUUCUUCAGGCACAGUAAGCACCGUCAACUUCAAAAUAAAAUCUGAACAAUGAAAUGUAGAAAAAAAGACCCGAUUUUGUAUAGGGUUUUGUGUAAGAUUUUGAUUAAUUAUCUGAUCAACUUGAUUUGGUUUCUGAUAUGAACUGUCUUCAAUAAACUACAGUACCUAAAAAACAUUGCAUUUUUACCUGUACUUUAUACGAAAAACUGUCUUCUCCUAAAAGGUUAAAAAUUUCCAUUUGCAUUUUUGUUUAUAAAACUGCAUGAUGCUACUUGGUGUUUAGUCCAUAAAAUGCCUUGUUUUCCAGUACAACAUUUUCCAUUUUAUUAUAGCUUUUUAACUGUGGGAAAGAUGCAGCUGAUAAAUUUGCUAUGAAUGUAUUUGUGUAAAUGUGAUGCCUCCUUUUGAAAGCUUACUAUGGAAAAAUUGUGCCUAACUUUUAAACAGCAACUGUUUUGUAUUCUUGCCAUUUGUAUCAAACUCCAUGAAAUUUUAAAGGCAAGAGUUUAACAGACUUAUAAAAUAACAACUUGGAUUUAUAUAGCAUCCCUCACACAGGGUAGCAUUCCAGAGCACAUACAGCUGAUAAAUUUGCUAUGAAUGUAUUUGUAUAUAAAUGUAAUGCAUUAACGUUAAUUGAACUAUUCCUUUUUGUCUGAUCUUAUACUUCAGCAUAGAGCAUGGGUGGAACAGAGAGAGUCGUGCACAUGAACAGUCAUGACAGUAUUUUUUUUACCAGUGCUAUGUAUAACAGACUGUCACGACGGGGACAUUGUAACAUUUGUGCUUCUCAGUUAAAGGCAAAAGAACUCUUCUGAUAGCUCAAUCAAUAAAUGCACAGUGUGGUCGGUGGCGCAGACAUACUGACCAGAAAGGGCCAAGAUUCAAUCCUCAAUCCUUUAGUUAUUUGAACUCAGAGCAACAGUGGAAUACUACAGUUGGCUACAGAGUCUUACAAGUGCAUAAGUAAAGGAGUUUGUUUCAAUUUUGAAUUUCUGAAACUAAUUAUGUUCUACCGUUAAAUCUCAAUUCAUUCAGGCAUAUUUUGGAGAGAGGUUUUAGGAAACCUGUAUGUUUAGAUAUUUUAAAAUUAUUACACCAGUAGAAUGUACAUUUGUACCUAUUUGGAGCUAAAUUAAAUUGAAAACUAGGUUUCAUCACUAUUUUUAUUUUAUUUUAGGAGUAUUUUGUUAAGUGCUACUGAAAAAAAUAUUUUGUGUAGUUAUGACAAAUUUUUAAACAUUUUUAAUUCAUCCAUGGCUCAGGGUAAGUGUAUUACAAGGUGUACAGUAGGACUGACCUUUAAGAUCGAAAAGAUCACAGCUAAAGUAUAAUAAAGAGUCUACAAUUGUCUAUAAUAUCCACAAUCUAGGAAUGGGAAAAGAGAACAGACAAGGAUCAUGCUUCAGUUCACUAACCAGCGACCCUCUGCUCAAAACAGAUGUGACCAUCAAGCCCCUAAAUCAGUUAGCGUAAAGACACGACUUUCUAGGCCAAUCACAUCAAAGGAUUGCCUAUUUGAGCAUGGUAUUGGGAGACUGCCAAUAACUCUGGAAAUGCACCGCCGCAUAAAGUACAGCCUGCUUUCAGCAAGAAGGGAGAACAAGGAAAUAAAAUAGGUUUUAUUUAUGAGAGAUACAAGUUGCCUGAUCUGGUUAAAUCCAAAAAGAAGGUUCAACGUGAAAGAAUUGAUUUGAGAAAAGGAAGUGUUUGUGUUGAAGGGUGACCCUUCAAAAAAAUCUCUUCUCCCAACACAUAGUCUGACUGAAUCUAAACAUUGGGAUUCUUAUAUUCAAUCCGGACAAAUAAAGUUAAUUGAACCAUCGAUGACCAUGACUGUGUACGGGCCGAUAUUCAAAACAAUAUUUGCAGGAUUGUUUUCAGAAGCUCAUUAUUCAAUAACUACUCCACAACUAGAAGAUUGUAGAUGUGUUUACUUUUUAAAUGCUCGCACACAAAUGACUGGUUUCUACCAUCAUUAUGAGAUCACUACCAAUUGAUAAUGCAGAGAUAUCUAGUUAAACAUGUAAAAUGUAUAUGAAAUCUGCAUUAUCCAUUUAAGAAAAGUUACAGUAAAAAUGGCAAUCUUUACUUCCAUUAAUACAGAGCAAUAAUGUGACCUUUCUAAUUUGACCUUUUUGUAAGGGUAAAAUAUGUAACCAAUUGGAAUUGCAUUGCAAAACAUCACUAUUAAAAUAUAAUCUGCAUUUCUCAGCACAGUUUGUAAUCCACUUUUGCAAAUUCUGAGUUUGUCUGUUCUACGAUUAAACAGUUGCAGGAUUUUAUUAAGUGAGCUCUGUGAAACACAAACUAGCCUUAACUAAUCAGUUACAUUAAUAAAUGGAUUGCCUCUGUGUUCUGAUAUAGUUCAGAUACCUGUUCAAAUCUAUUUUCAAUGUUAAAGCUACAUUAAACAUAUUUUGGAAUCUGUAGCCCGUGCGGUAUGUAUGUUUAGCAAGCUGGUUCUUGCUUUCCUUUACACAGUGAAGUGGCUUUUUGUCUCUGCCUUAUGCUCAUCAAAAUAAGUUUGUGAUCUCAAAUAAGGAAUUUGAGUUUUUAAUAACCAUUGAUUUCUGAUAAGUCAAAACAUAUCGACCUAUAUUCUUCUAAUCUGUAAAUACAUUUAAUUUUCCAUAAAAUGUAAAUUUUACAAAUCUAUCUUGUCACUUGUCUUUACUUUUAAAUUUUGUCCUUGUAAAUAAAUGU